AGCCAUCACCACCUUCACAAAGCGCGGGAAGCAAUGGAUACGUGCAUCUCAAGGUACACUUCCGCCAUGAAUCCGCUUCCAUAGAAGCGAAAUCCAUGGAGAAGAAGACGAAAUUGAAAAAAUGGAAGUGGAAUUAGGGUUAAGAAGUGCAAGAAUACUCGGAAAUCUAACCUUCGUCUCCACUGAAUCCGAUGCUGUUUUCCUCAUCGCUGCUCAUCUCCCAGGAUUCAAGAAGCAUGAGAUCGAGAUAGCGGUGAAUGAUGAGGAGAAGGAGAUAGGGAUCAGGGGAGGAGGAAGAGCGAGAUCGGCGCAGGAAGUGGUGAUAUCGAGGAGGUUGGUGAUCAGUAGGGAAGUAUCGAUGGGAAGGUUCUGGAAAGUGUUUGCAAUCCCUGAUGGUGUGGUUUUGGAUGGAAUUCAUGCGGUUUUUCAUGAGAAAAAUGGGGUUUUGAUCGUGUUGAUGCCUAAAUCUACUCGAGAAGAAGAGCUACCUGGAAUUCAAAUGGAAGAAGAGAUUGAAAUUUUGGAACCAGAGGAUGUGGAAAAAUUGAUUGAGAUCUCAGAGCCAGAAGAAGAGGAAAUUGAAGAACCAGUUGAAAUCAGAGAGCCGGAACUACCGCAAAUCGAAGAAGGACCAGUUCAAAUUUGGGAGCCAGAGCCAGAGCCGGAACCGGAACAAAUGGAAGAACCAAUUGAAAUCUUAGAACCAGAACGACAACAAAUUGAAGAACUAAUUGAAAUCCCAGAACCAGAACCACAACAAAUUGAAGAACCAGUUGAAAUCCCAGAACCAGAACCAGUACCAAUUGAAGAACCAGUAGAAAUCCUGGAGCCUGAACCACAAGAAAUUGAAGAAGAACCAGUCAUAAUUCCAGAACCAGAACCACAAGAAAUUGAAGAAUUAAUCAUAAUCUCAGAGCCAGAACCACAAGAAAUUGAAGAUGCAAUUGAAAUCCCAGAAAUAGAACCACAACAAAUUGAAGAUGCAAUUGAAAUCCCAGAACCAGAACCACAAGAAAUUGAAGAUGCAAUUGAAAUUCCAGAAAUAGAACCACAACAAAUUGAAGAACCAGUUGAAAUCCCAGAACCAGAACCACUACCAAUUGAAGAGCCAAUUUUAAUCCAAGAGCCGGAACCACAACAAAUUGAAGAACCAAUCCAAAUCCAGGAGCCGGAACCACAGAAAAUCGAAGAACCAACCCAAAUCCAAGAGCCAGAACCACAACAAAUUGAAGAACCAGUUGAAAUCCCAGAACCAGAACCACUACCAAUUGAAGAGCCAAUUUUAAUCCAAGAGCCGGAACCACAACAAAUUGAAGAACCAAUCCAAAUCCAGGAGCCGGAACCACAGAAAAUCGAAGAACCAACCCAAAUCCAAGAGCCAGAACCACAACAAAUUGAAGAACCAGUUGAAAUCCCAGAACCAGAACCACUACCAAUUGAAGAGCCAAUUUUUAAUCCAAGAGCCGGAACCACAACAAAUUGAAGAACCAAUCCAAAUCCAGGAGCCAGAACCACAGAAAAUCGAAGAACCAACCCAAAUCCAAGAGCCAGAA